GUACAUAUAUUAAUUCGAUUUCUUUGGAACGCUUGUCAAUACAUCCACCAUACCACCAUGCCUCCACCUAACAGCCUGUUGUUUCCUUCACUUCUCUUCCUCCUCUCAUUCUUCUUCAUCCUCAUCUUCAGUCGUCAAGUGGGUAAGAAAUCAUCCUCACCUCCGGUUAGUAAGCUGCCGAGAUCUUACCCAUUAAUCGGCUCUGCGUUUGCCAUCUUCAAGAAUCGGAAUCGACGGAACCAAUGGUUUGCAGAGCUUAUCAGAGACUCCUCUAAUGGAACCUUUAUUCUUCAUCGCUUUCUUGGUGUUCGUCAUGUCUUAACUGCCAACCCCGCCAACGUCCAACACAUCCUCAAAACUCAGUUCCAUCUCUAUCCAAAAGGCCACACCGCUCGGGUCAACCUCUCCGAUUUUCUGGGUGACGGAAUCUUCAAUGCUGACGGGGAUAACUGGAAGUUUCAGAGGCAAGUGUCGAUCCACGAGUUCAGCACGAGGUCCCUCCGCAAGUUUGUCGAGACUGUCGUCGAGGCCGAACUCUCCGACCGUCUAGUUCCCAUCCUCUCAAAGGCUGCCGCCGAGAAUUCUGUGCUCAAUCUGGAAGACAUACUUCAACGGUUUGCCUUCGACAAUAUUUGCAAGAUUGCGUUUGGAUUCGACCCACAAUAUUUGUUGCCGUCGCUCCCAUCAGCGGAAUUCGCCGUCGCGUUCGAUGACGCUGCGAGGAUAACCAGCGAACGUCUGAACUCAGUAGUCCCCGCUAUCUGGAAAUUGAAAAGAGCACUCGAUAUUGGGUCAGAGAAACGGCUUCGGAUUGCCAUCUCGCAGGUUCGAGAGUUUGCGCAGAAAGUAGUGAGAGAAAAAACGAGGGAGCUUGAAGAGAAGUCAUCGUUAGAAACCGUGGAUCUUCUCUCAAGGAUCUUGAGUUCUGGCCAUCUGGAUGAAAAGUUGGUGACGGACAUGGUGAUCAGCUUCAUUUUAGCCGGUCGAGACACGACAUCGGCAACCUUGACUUGGUUUUUCUGGUUAGUCUCUGGCGAUUCUCACGUAGAAGAAGAGAUACUAAAGGAGAUAAGAGAUAAGAGCGAAACACCAGAUUACGACGAGGUGAAGGACAUGGUUUACAUCCAGGCGUCGCUCUGUGAAAGCAUGAGACUAUACCCACCGGUACCAAGUGACAGCAAAGAGGCAGCCAUGGACGAUGUUUUACCGGACGGUACGAUAGUGAAGAAAGGAAUGAGAGUGACCUACCUCCCUUACGCGAUGGGUAGGAUGGAGGGACUGUGGGGCCAAGACUGGAGGGAGUUCAGGCCUGAGAGGUGGCUGGAGAGGGAUGAAGUCACCGGAAAAUGGAGGAGAUUCGUGGCGAGGGAUCCGUAUACGUACCCAGUGUUCCAAGCAGGGCCGAGGGUUUGUUUGGGGAAGGAUAUGGCGUUUCUGCAAAUGAAGAGGGUGGCUGCCGGUAUUCUGCGACGUUUCCGGGUCGUUCCGGCGAUGGAGAAAGGGUUUGAACCGUUCUUUAUAUCGACGCUAACUUCUAAGAUGAAAGGUGGUUUUCCGGUGAGGAUUGAGGAGAGAAAAGGUCGUUAGGUUGCAAUGCAAACGCUUGAGCAAACAGCUGACUGUAAAUUAUUAAAAUGUAAAAUACGAAAUAAAAUGAUGUAUUUCCUUUAUAGCAAAAAAUAAUGCGGAGAAGUAUGGAUGCAGAUUUUUGAUUUACACUAUAAAGCUAUAAACAUUUAAAAUGUCAAAAACUCACUCUAUAAUUACCAUCAAUUUCCAUCUAACCCCUACCUAUCUAAUGUACUUUGACCUACAAAUUCUGACUCGGCGGAGCCGUCACUCCCAAAAUAAUUGUAGUCCCUAUCUUUUUUCAUGGCAGUAAGAAGGGUUAUUUGUUUUUAACAAAUCCUUGUAUUAGAUGAAGUACAUCUUGGUGGAG